CCUCUUUAUAUAUCUCUCUCUCUCUCAAGCUCUCGUCACACACACCAUUUUCACACUGUCAAACUCUUACAGGGCUUGGGUUUUCUUUCGAUUUUGAUUUUCAUCACAGAAAGCCAUGGACAAACUCGAUAAAUUGAAACUGGCAUCAUCUUCUUUCGGCGAGCGAUUGAUGACCGGAGGUGUUCAGAUGAGUCGUUUGGUAGGCACGAAGAUGAAGGAGAUUUUACAAGCUCCAACGCCUGAGUCAAAAAUUGUCGACGAAGCGACGCUAGAGACGAUGGAGGAGCCAAAUUGGGGGUUAAACUUAAGAAUCUGUGGUAUGAUUAAUAACGAGGAGUUUAAUGGUACAGAGAUCGUGAAGGCGAUUAAGAAGAAGAUUGGUUCAAGUAAGAACGUGAUUAGUCAGAGGCUGAGCCUUGAUUUGUUGGAAACGUGUACGUCUAACUGUGAUAAGGUUUUCUCGGAGGUGGCGUCGGAGAAGGUGCUGGACGAUAUGGUUGGGAUGAUUCAGGAUGAUCGGACCGAUGAACGGAAUAGGAGGAAGGCGGUGCAGUUGAUUAGAUCGUGGGGUGAGUCUGAGGAGCUCAUGUAUUUGCCUGUUUUCCGGCAAACUCACUUGAAUCUGAAGACCAACCGGAUACCUGCAGGACCACAGGGAGGAAACUCGAGUCCUUUGUAUGAAACAAUGGAGUCUCUGGUUUAUCAACAACCUCUUUCACCACGCCCAUUGCCUGAUAUGGAUUUAAUGGGCAUAGAAGAUGAUAUCUCUCCAUAUGGUUAUGGUGGCCAAUCUGUGGAACAGAAGAAAGAAUUGUUGGUGGUUAGCCGAAACAGUCUUGACCUUCUAUCGAGCAUACUUGAUUCAGGCAUGGAGCCAAUACCAAUUAACGACGAGUUAACGGUGAGCAUGUUGGAAAAGUGCAAGGAAUCGCUGCCUUUGGUUCAGCGAAUAGCGGAAACUACAACCGACGAUGAUAUCCUUCUCUUCGAAGCCUUGAAUCUACACGACGAGCUUGAACAAUUGAUCUCACGAUGUGCAGAAAUCAAAUCAACCGUUGGAUCUGACACAUUAAAGAUUCACGAUGUCAAAUCUACAGACACCAUUCAAUCUCCAGAAAAUGGAACCAUCAACGCAGGGGGAAGUGGUCCGAUCGAAGUGAAAGCAGGAAGUGGAAGUGUAGUAAAUCAGAAAGAUGAGAAUUUGGAGCAGAAACAAAGUGUUUGAAAUAUUUCCUGUUGGUAUUUAUUGCAGGUAAUAAUGAAUAAUGUGUAGACUUGAAUAACUAUUCUCUGUAGUUAGUAUGGAUAUUUUCUAAUUAGUAAUGUUUUUUUUCUUGGGAAUUCUAAUAUUGUGUUUAGAAAUACUGAUGUUAUGUGGAAUCCCGUUAGAUUACUCUUUCAAAAGAGCUUUGAAAUGAACUGGUUCAAAGUGUAGAUGGUGUGAGACUCGUAACAUAUCUGUAUUUGCUUGAUGUGUUUUUGUAAGAUCAGAUCGAUGGUCUGGUGGUACUAGGUUAUUGGUUGUUAAAGAGUCGUUGAAAAGAAAUGAUUCAAAUCUAGCU